AUGGUUUUUUUGAUUAAUUUAGAAUUUAAUUGGGCUUUAAGAUUGAACAAAAAGAAAAUCAAAGGCGAGAUUGAUGAUAAGAAAUCGAAUGAGAAGAAAAGUUUUUUGGCUAGAGGGUUAGAGUUGGUUUUAGUUUAUUGGUUUACUUCUAAUUCAUUUUCGAUCAUUCAAAGUAUAUGUUUUGAUUUGAUUGAUAAAAGAGAAAUCAACAAAAAAAGUAUGGGUGGUUUGGAUUUGAUGAAACCCAAAUCGAUUGAAAAGGUUCCAUGA